GGAAAAUGUUCCGUUUCUUUAGUGGAAGUUGACCAGGGAUACAAGGCUCACCCAAGACACAGUCAAAAUGAAGAGGCUGGUUGGGUAUUGUGGGCUCAUCUUGGCAUUUCUUUUGAGCUGCACAGAACAGGCACAGGAACAGAGGAAAGCAGUUUUUUCUCAAGGAACAGACUGCACACAGAUUAAGGUUCGCUCACCACAAGCAUCCAGUGGGGUUUAUGUAAUAAAGCCUCCGGGAGUCAAGACCCCAUUUAAGGUGUACUGUGAGAUGCGACCUGAUGGAGGCUGGAUGGUGUUUCAGAGGCGCAUCGGAGAAGCGGUUUCCUUUAACAGGAAAUGGGCAGCAUAUAAAAAUGGUUUUGGUAACCUGACAGGCGACCACUGGCUCGGUCUGAAGAGGAUUUUCUUUCUGACCAAACAAAAGACCAAGAAGUGGACCAUGAGAGUCGACCUCUGGGACCACGAAGGUGGCUCUGCUUUCGCUGAGUACACAAACUUCAAAUUGGGCAAUGAGAAAGCAGCUUUCAAACUGCAUGUCGGGAAAUACAGAGGAACUGCAGGUGAUGCCAUCCGUGGUGCCUAUCCAGGCGUUGACCAGAAUGGCUACGGCUUCAGCACCAGUGACCGUGACAAUGACGGCUGCUCCCCGUGCAUCUUUGGUGACAUCGCUGAAAUGAAAUGUUCCAGUAGACGCAGUGGCGGUUGGUGGUACAGCCGCUGUGGCUCUGCCAGUCUGAAUGGCGACUGGCAUCCUGGUGGUGACCACAUUGGUUGGGCGUCAGGGCUCUACUGGCAAACCUGGAGAAAACCGCUUUACUCCGUAAAGGCUACCAGAAUGAUGAUCAAGUCUGUGUGAGAGGACCCAACACACUUCUCACUUCAUGCUGGCUUUUCUUGUAGCACAGUGAGAAAUUUUAGUACAUGUAUCACAUGGGUCACAAAAAAAAAAAGUUUUGUUAGUUUUAGACACUGGUUGUAUGGUUUAUUUCAACACUUCCAAGGUGUUUUUUGCCUUAAGAGAUCGAUUACUCUUUUAUACAUGUAAAGUAGACAUUUGAUAUGUGCCAGUGGUCUAUGAGGUCAUCAUUAAGGCACUCCAUUCAAAAAGUAGAGAAAUUAAAAACAUUCAAAAUAAGAAUUAUAGAUGCCAAUAAUUUCAUUUACAGGCAUCCCUAAAAAUUUUUGUAUUCUUCAACUGGUUGUUACAUAAAUUAAACAACUGACAUAAAGGCAGUUAACUUUGGAUCCUAUUGCUCAAUCAUAACCUUUUAAAACUUGUUGUCAUUAUUUUACUUGUCAUUUCUGGUUUACCAAGUCACCUUGCUGAAGAUUUAUUUCAUUGUGUUCCAGAGUAAAAAUACAUAUGUUUGCAGAUG